AGAACCAUCAACAUAUACCUAUUUUCGACAUUAAGAAAUGAAGUCCCUUGUCGCUAUCAUUGCAUGCUUACUUUACGUUCAAUGUCUUCCGGCGCUGAACGAUAACGAGAUCUCUGUUAUUGAUGGACGUGAAGUGGACAUCACAGAAGUUCCUUUUAUGCUUUCACUCAGACGUCUGGGUCAUCACAUAUGUGGGGCUUCGGUAAUAUCCGAAUUCUGGGCAAUAACGGCUGCCCAUUGUGUAAUUAAAUCGGUUCCAUCACAGAUAACACUGCGUGGAGGUAGCACCAACCGUUUCCUCGGACAGCUGUUUCGCACCGAACGAAUUGUUCGUCAUCCCAACUUUAAUUUGAAUUAUGAAUUCGAUGUCGCAGUUAUAAAAACGAUUGAAAUGCUGGUGUUACCGAAUAAUUUUAUUCAACCGAUAGCGUUAGGUUUACAAGGUACCAUAACCGAACAUGAAUCUUUGUUAAAUGUUACCGGAUGGGGAAUGACUCAGUCUUCGGACAUCACUCUUUCGGAGAACUUAAGAAUGGCCACCGUAAGAUUCAUCAACCAUGCCGAAUGCAACACUACUUUAAGUGCCUUUGGUGGAGCUACUGUGAACAAUCUUUGCACAAUAGGAACAGUAGCAACCACAACAGGAGACUUUUGUCUCGGUGACGAAGGUGGUCCACUCAUCGAAUUCGAUGGUCUUACUCAACGUGUUGUUGGUAUUGCGUCUUGGUCUCCGGAAUGUGGUAAUUCUUGGCCGAGUGUAUUUACAAGAUUAACAAUCGCUUCUGUUAGAGGCUUCAUAUUUAAUAUAACAAACUUGUGAAUAAAAUUAAAUAGGAAUAGACUUGAAGGAAA